CUGUUUGCCGAGAGAAGAACAAGACCUUUCUGAAGAAGACCUGACAAAUAAGCAGGUGCUAGCCGGCCACCAGUCGUUGUAUGCACAAGUGGUCACCUGGUUCUGUCGCUGUGGUCUCCUUCCACAGGGUUUAGAUGCGGGUCAGCGUUCGUCUAGACCUUUUUACAAUUACCCUCUGCUUCAGAGAUGCUGCACAGCUCAGCGACAGAGGCUGACGCGUUUGUCCAGAGGAAAAUGGGAUUUGGCUGGCCUGAUGAUUGACAGGAUGGUUUCGGACUUGGGAGAGCGAGUGCAGAAUCUGUGGUGCACAGACAAACAAAAAACUGGGAAAUAUCCCCCUCCCAGUUUACAGGCCCUGCUGCAACUCUACCUGCUAGACGGCAUUGAAGAAAUCGACAAGCACAAAAUUACAAUGUACUUGCUGCUGGAUAUCGGGUGGGCCGUGCCAGAUAACAGGGAAAGACUACUGCACUCCUUCUGCGCAGCCUUUGCUAUCCCGAAGGGGUUCGUUCAGCUCGUUCAAGGGUUUUGGCUGCUGGAUCACAAUGAUUAUGAAAAUUCGCUGGUCCUGCUCUGUCACCCAGCUACAGCCAGAAGCGCGUCGUGGCUGCGUCAGAGGGCUAUUCAGUCCCUCAUGUGCCAAGGACAGCACAGGAGAGCCCUCACGUACAUACGUAUGACGAGGCCAUUGAUCACCAGCUCCAGAGAAGCGCAGCUUUACCUCUCUGUGUUCUUGUCCAACAGGUGCAUGGCAGAUGCGUGGAACCUGUUGCAGCAACGCUCCUCAGAUGACAAUAGAGAAGAGCUGCUGCUGCACAUGUUUAAAACCUGUUUGGAGAUGGGACUUGUGAAGGGCUUCCUGGAGCUGCCUUUCACAGACACUGAGCUCGAGUGUUUGGAGGAGAUUUUGGAGAGCAGUGAUUUGAUUAAGGACCACGAAUUCUUUCCAGCCAACCAUCCAAAACCAGUCAACAAUACUGCAGCGGUGCGGGUGAAUAAGUCAGCGAAGGUGACUCUUACGGAUUUCUGGAAGAAGCAAAUGCUGAAAGUCUUACCCUUCCCGAGGGUGCCAAGUUGGUGUUCGCAGCUGCUGAAGAGGAAAACGCAGCAAGUCUUACCCUUCCUGAGGGUGGCAAAUUGGUGCUCACAGCUGCUGAAGAAGAAAACGCAGCAAGUCUUCCCCUUCCCGAGGGUGGCAAAUUGGUGCUCACAGCUGCUGAAGAAGAAAACGCAGCAAGUCUUACAAUUCCCGAGGGUGGCAAGCUGGUACUCACAGCUGCUGAAGAAGAAAACGCAGCAAGUCUUACAAUUCCCGCGGGUGGCAAGCUGGUGUUCAAAGCUGCUGAGGCUGCUGCCUGGGAGACUGCAAGGGAAGGGUGAGUUUACAAAACAGAUUGAUCUUUUGGUUCAUACAGCUCGUCAUCGUGGGCUUUCUGUGCUUGCAAAUGAUGACUUGGAGCUGGUAUAUGUUACAAACGCUUUGAGGAAUACAUUACAAAAUCUGCGUCAGAAACAGACCUCACUGAAGGCAGCAUUAUCCCUUCUGCUACUUCCAAAGGGACUGGAGGACAACAGAGGUCGGCAAGACAUCGACCUGCUCCUGCGAAACGAACGGCAGAGCCUCUCAGCAGAGCAGCAGGAAGAUCAAUAUACAGGAACCCACUAUUUACCGAAGAGUUUUUCGUUCGUGACAAAGAGGUGCAUCGCCGUGACCAAGUCCUGCAGUACCUGUCAGCUAGAAGAGCCAAAUUCCAGGCUGUGGAUGAAAAUCCGUUUGAUGAAGAGGAUGAGAAUCCUUUCUUCUCCUGGCGCGAAGAAAUUGAAAGGUCAGUGCAACAGUUGUAGAUGCAAAAUAGGGCAUACUGCCAUUUGUCAGCCACAAAAAGCAGACUGUGAGGAUGGCUUUAAGGACUGUGAAGAAUGUAACAAUGCCAAAUAGAACCUUUGGGAAGAGGCAAUUCCUCUGUUUCCUGCUCUGUAUGUGCCUGCCUGGCCCGUUGUGGUGGAAACUGGCCAGGAGGCUGAUCUGAGUAGAGCAAGGUGAAAUUUCAGCUGAAUUUUUGUCAUGAGCUUCACUGUCGUCAGUUUGGGAAACUGUUGUUUUGGAAUCCACUAAGUGAAGAAUUCCUGAGUAUUGUUUUGCCCUGAACAGAAGGCACAGUGGCCUGCUUUCAGCUGAGUGUGCUAUCUGUUACUUUCAGAACUGGAACUGUUCAGAUGGGACGAUAAUUUGAGACGGAAGGUUUUGUUUUUGUGGAGAGGAAUUGCAGUGCUUUUAGAAACUGCUUUGGCCUAACUCCUUCAUGGAAGAUGAUUUCAUUUGUAUUCUAUGGAGGUUAAAGUCUUGUGCACGAGUAACGUCUUUUGUUGCCUUCACCUAGGAGCUUCCAGCCAUAGUAGAAGAAAACACCGAAGCCAUGCUUCCGAUCCAGGAAUGAGUUUUCCACCAAAGCUGUCAAGACAUUGGGUCU